AAAAAAAAAAAAAAAUGAAAAGUUGCAACAUCAUGUCUGUCCAAAAGUGGAGAUUUGCAUGGAAAAAGGAGGGAGUGUAGUGUAUCUGUGUAUGAUCUCCAUAUUCUCAUUCUCCUGCACACAUCUCUGCAAACGUGGAACCUAACCAAUGCAGUAUUGCCAUCUCAAUUCUUAAACCACAACUUAACUCUAGUAAACAAAUUCAUUUUACCAUGGUUUAAUUUUCAAUUCCUACUUGUUCAAAUACUCCAUCAUUCUUCUAAUCUCACAUUCACUCUCCACUUUCUCUCAUUACUACAGUCUACAGACUACAGUACAGUACUACUCCACUAGUAAGUAGUAAGAGAAAAUAUGGGUUACCGUUUUCUUCAAAGUCGGACCAUUCUUACGAGUUUAACCCGUUUCUCUCUCCGUCGUAACAACCACCGCACUCCGCUACCAUCCGUCGUUGGAAAUCCUCGUCGCUUCGUCACUUACACCGGAUUUCCUAACCGCUACUCUCUUCCCUGGUUCGUCCAAGGUGAUUUUGACAAGCAUGGAACCUCAUCCAUCCCACCUGUUGUAAGAAUGAUGGAGGAAGCGGAGCAGCAGCCACUCUUUGAUACCUCUGCCUCAUACAAUGGCAGGGUACCUGAUGCACAGCGGAAGCCAGCAGGACACCUCAAGCAAGAUAAAGAUGCAUUGUACUUCAAGAUGGAUAUGCCUGGUGUGGGCAAAGAAGAUGCAAGGGUCUAUUUGGAGGGAAGCACUUUGAUAGUGAAGGGAGUCAGGAAGCUCGACACAGAAUUUGAGGAUGAGGAUGAGGAUGAAGAUGAUGAGACAAUUCUAAAAUCUACUCUACUGGGAUUAGUUUGACGCCAACGCGCAAAUACAACGUUGCUGCUAUUAAGGCUGAGAUGAAGAAUGGAGUACUCAAGAUUAUAGUCCCGAAACUCAAGGAUGAGGAGAGGCAGGAUGUCUUGCACGUUCAGAUCGACUGAGUAGUUGCUUUGUUGGGGUGUUCAUAAGGAUUUACAGGGUUCAUGGUAAAAUUUAUGAUUUUGGUAAUAGGACUAAUAUCUAAUUCUAAUAUUGCAGUGGUGUUUACCUUCUGCUACUGCUGGUAGAACUUGCAUAGCUCUUUUCACUGUGGUGGAAGUGGAAAUGGUGCUUCUUUUGAAUUGCUAGCUUCUUUCAUGAAAUUGGAUGACUUUUGAGA